GAAAAAAAUAUUCUCAGAAAGCUAAUUUAUUUUGGCUUUCAAAUUGUGAGGUGGGUAAUAGGAAUAAUGGCUGUAGCUAGGGAAUAUGUGGAAAAAAUUAGGCACAAAGAUUAGGCACAAACCAGCUAAUUUACAAAAUGUACAUUACUAGCAGAUCAUUUAACUGGCAUCUUGGUUAUUUAGCCUACCUGCAAACCCACCCAGGAUGUGAUUGCUAUACUGAGAGAAAUAUCUAGGAGGAUAUUUUAAUGUACUCAACUUCCUCAUCUUUGAAGUCCUUUAAUUUAGCUAAAAAACAAAACAAACAAAAAAACCUCCAAAAUUGUCAGCUGUGUUGGUGAUAAUGAUCUUGCCACUCAUUUCACCUUAACUAGUGCUUUCUUAUUUGCUUAAUUGAAAACUGUGCUGAUCUUUGGUGUCUUGAGUAAUGGGGGCCUCCUAAGUACAAAGAGGGCUCUUCAACAGCAAUUUCAGCUGCAGUUUUAUCUGCCAAUGUUCUGUAAUUUUCUGUCCUUUAGUUUUAUUGCCAUCCUGUAACUUCUAGGUAUUGAAUAUCCUGGCACUGACCUUAUUUUUUCCAGAUUAACUUGAAUUACUGUCAGUUCAUUCUGUUAGCAUCCCUACUUUCUAAUAGUGCAUCCAUUAAUGAACACAAUUCUGGCAGCUGGAACCUGUUGCUGGCAUAUUAUUUGUAGGAUUUACUUGGGUGACACUACAUUACAUAGACUGUUAGGUCAGAAAUGUUUACUGAAAUUAUGGCUGCACAUAAUAGCUGGCAUUUGGUAUCUAUUUCAGUACCCUCAUGGAUAAGGUUUGUUUCAGUCAUGGAACUGAUUGCUUUCUGUAGCCUUAAAUAUUUGGAGUUAUUCUUUUCAGUAAUUUCACUGAAAAAAAAAAAAAACCAAAAAGCAUGAAAACUAGUAAAAUAAAAAAUCUUCAAGCAAAGAGAAGAGUUUGAAACCUUCACUUUUAUUGUGGAAACAUGUGAAGAAGGUGGGGAAGAAGACACGGGGCAAUGAUGCAUUUUCCUUAGUCAGAGCAAAGUAUUAAGGAGUAUUUAUUUCCCUUCAUCCAGUUAUUGGGUUGUGGUUUUGUGCUUGUUUCAAGAAUGGAAUUCACAGUUCAGAUCUUAAGUGAGGAAAUACUACAGUGCCAGAUGAGUGAUUUGAGCUGGGUUACCUGGCCACAGUUUUUUGUUCUGCUUUACAAAUGCUCUUGUGCUGUUCUUCUUGCACAGCUGAGCUUCUGUCACUAGUGAAUUAAGCAAUAAGAACAUCAAUCUAAAGUGUAUUCUUUAUCCUUUUAUCCUUUUACCCUGAAACUGUGCAAUGGACUGUCUUUCUUUGGACUUCUGGUAGAUAUAUAUUUCUCUCACCAAAGACUAAGCAAUGUGUCAUACAGUUGGAUAAGGUAUUGUGACAGUUCUGAAGGGCCAGGACUUUCAAAUACAGUCUCUGAAUUGUGUCCAUUAUUCUUUUAUGCAAAAAAUUUGUGUCUAAUUUUGCUUUGCUGACAUAAACCCAGACUGCUAACCAGUUUGUUAGGAAACCUUAGCGGUUUCCUGGUCUGUAGCAAUUCAGUUUCCAGCAGAUGAGAUUCAAGACUAUGCCUUUGAUUUCAUAUCCUAAGGGACACUGCUGUAGAACACAGGUAACCAUUUGGUGACCAUUUGGAGUUUCUGAGAAGACACACUCUGAUGUUCUGAAACCAGGACAGUUUCCUUACAGCCAAAGCUUAUUUUACAGGUGUAUAUAUAGCAUUGCUGUAAAUUAAAAAAAAAAAAAAAAAAAAAAAAAAAAAAAAAAAAAAAAUCAUUGUAAAAGUGUCAGUAAAGUCUGUCCACUAGCCACUAAAAUGUGACAGAAACCAACAGCCAGCAAGAGAUGGCAGUUUAAAGGCAUCAUUUAGUGCUGCUGCCUGUGAGAGCACAUUAGCAAAGCACCAGACAUUACUGAGCUACAGUCAGCCAAAAAAAACAGCAUAAGGGCUGCUUCUCAAAAUGCUCUCCCCACCACAUCUGUUUUCUUCCAAGGAUACAGAUUCAGCUACAUGUUCUCCACCCACUAGCCAGUUUCCUGCUGUCUGUUUGAUAGUGGGCUUGUGCCUGUGUGCAAUGAAAGAAAGGUAAAAUGGCAUCUCAUCUAACAGUGUUGCUUUGGAUGCCAACCAGUCACUGCAUGCAGGUGUUGAAGUGACUCACCACAGAAGAAGAUAUAAAGAAGAAAUGAGAGAACACUUCUCUAUUGCUAGUCACUGAAAGCAUCCUUUCAAGGAUUGGUAUCUGUGUUAGCAGUCAUCCUUAAUUGGGCAAGAAACUGUACGUCAUUAUAACCAAUGGCACUGAAUGCUUCAAGGGUACUGCGAAAGAUGAGAAUGAAUGCCUGCCCUCUGCCACUGGAGGAUAUCAUCCAUGAGUAUCACUGAGGCAGUUCUAGUUUGAGGUCCUGGCCAAGAGCCCUGCUCUGUGACCUUCAGUCACGUUCACCUCAGCUAAUGGAUGUGGCAGCUGCUGCUUUGCUUCCUUUCUGCACAGGGUGUUCAGGGGUGGCAAACUUGCAAGGCAGUGGAUGGAAUCGUUGUAUCCGUGUGCCCCUCUUCCUGGUUGGUUGGAUUUUUACACAUAAAGCACAGGGAGAACAAUGGAAUCAAGACAUGGUAAUUUCAUUUAGGAGACACACAUUCCUCUUCAUAAAAUGCAGUGUGAAUCAGAUUAACAAGCCGGUGGUCAAGACACCUUUUGGUGAAUGAACAUCGUAAAUUGGAGUGGUGCUUGAAGAAUUUUGUCUACUGGCUGACUCUUUCAGGAUUCAAACUGGUUCAGAAGACUUUCCAAACUACUUUUAUGUGAAGGAAGAUUUUAGUUCUUCACCCUGUUUGUUCAGGUUUGAUGCAAGGGAUAGGCACAGGAUAGAGGAAGGAAUGCUCCAUCUUGGACAGGUCUUUGUUCUGGUGUUAAUUCCCCUCUUGUAAAAAAAUAUGGAGAUAAGUCAGAUAAAUUAAAUUAAUUUAUAGUAGAACAUGACUGCUCAGAUAGUACAAGCUAAAGCAAAUGUUGCUGCAGAUACUGAGCAUAUUAAAUUUAUCCUAAAUACAGGCAACCCUCUUAACUGCCUUUUUGAAAACACUUGAGGCUUAUUAAACAUAUAUUUUUCUUUCUGCUUUCUAAGGCUUCCAUUUUUUUGCAUACUUCGAUGAUUCUUAACAUAUGCACACUGGUAGAAAGAAAUGCUACUCAUCCUUAUUGGUCUGAUUAAUUCAGUAUUCAUGAGUGCUAGGAAUACGCUCAGUAAGUGGAAGAUGGCAAUUGAAACUUCCUUUACAGCACGCAGAAGAGGCAUGAUAAUGGCUAAGAAGACCAAAUUGCAUGGGUUUGAAAAAUCUGCACUGAGCAGUCAUUAGGCAUUGUUCUUCAGUUGUGUGAUUUCAUUUCAUUAAGUAUUUGCAUACUAAUAGAAAGCUAAAGUUACAUGUCUACUGCUGUGAGUGAUGGUUAGCCACUCCUUCCAGUCCUUUUGUUUACUUCUGUAGUCAUCCACAUUGCUUUUUGCAAAGCACAGGAAGAAGCUUUAAUGAUUUCAGCUGCAAUAAAGCAAAGCAAACUAGAGAUCAAUAAUGAACUUAAUUUGCUAUAGAGACAGUCUGUUUGCUAUUUCAUCCAGCAAGGUUCCUCAGGAUGAGUGGAGUGGCUACACUCCACGAGGAAAAGAUGACGAGAUUCCCUGCCGCCGGAUGCGCAGUGGCAGUUACAUCAAAGCCAUGGGGGACGACGACAGUGGAGACUCGGACACAAGUCCGAAGCCAUCCCCCAAGAUUGCUGCACGGAGAGAGAGUUAUCUCAAGGCCACCCAGCCAUCCCUGACCGAGCUCACCACCCUCAAGAUAUCCAGUGAACACUCGCCAAAGCUUCAGAUCCGGAGCCACAGUUACCUGAGGGCAGUGAGCGAAGUCUCCAUCAACAGGAGCCUGGACAGCCUGGACCCUGCAGGGCUGCUGACAUCCCCCAAGUUCCGCUCCCGCAACGAGAGCUACAUGAGAGCCAUGAGCACCAUCAGCCAGGUGAGCGAGAUGGAGGUGAACGGGCAGUUCGAGUCCGUCUGCGAGUCGGUGUUCAGCGAGCUGGAGUCCCAGGCCGUGGAGGCGCUGGACCUGCCCAUGCCGGGCUGCUUCCGCAUGAGGAGCCACAGCUAUGUGAGAGCCAUCGAGAAGGGCUGCUCCCAGGAUGACGAGUGCAUAUCGCUGCGCUCCUCGUCGCCCCCGCGUACCACCACCACGGUGAGGACCAUCCAGAGCAGCACUGUGUCAUCCUGCAUUACCACCUACAAGAAGACACCGCCUCCAGUCCCACCGAGAACCACCACCAAACCCUUUAUUUCCAUCACGGCCCAGAGCAGCACAGAGUCUGCCCAAGAUGCAUACAUGGAUGGGCACGGACAGAGGGGCGAUAUCAUCAGUCAGUCUGGACUUAGCAACUCCACGGAAAGCCUGGACAGUAUGAAGGCACUGACAGCUGCUAUAGAGGCUGCCAAUGCGCAGAUCCAUGGCCCUGCAAGCCAGCAUGUAGGGAACAAUACUGCCACUGUCACCACCACCACUACCAUUGCCACUGUUGCAGUAGAAGAUAGGAAGAAGGACCACUUCAAGAAAAACAGAUGCUUAUCUAUUGGAAUACAGGUUGAUGGUGCUGAAGAAUCCACCAUACCAUGUGACAAUAAAACAACCAGUAAGUUCCAGUCCAUAGGAGUUCAAGUAGAGGAGGAGAAGUGCUUUCGCAGGUUUACACGAUCUAAUAGUGUAACAACAGCUGUGCAAGCAGACCUGGAUUUCCAUGAGAACUUUGAAAUAAUCGACCCUCAAGAGGACGAUACAUGUUCUGGACAAAUAUCAAGACAGUUUUCCCGAGAUGCAAGCACCUCUACUGUUAGCAUACAAGGGUCAGGAAACCAUUACCAUGCAUGUGCAGUGGAUGAUGACUUUGAGACAGAUUUUGAUCCGUCAAUUUUACCUCCUCCUGACCCGUGGAUUGACUCUAUUACUGAAGAUCCUCUGGAAGCUGUUCAAAGGUCAGUGUGCCCACGAGAUGGCCACUGGUUUCUGAAGCUACUUCAGGCGGAGAGAGAUCGUAUGGAGGGUUGGUGCCAACAGAUGGAGAGAGAAGAACGUGAAAACAACUUACCUGAGGACAUUCUAGGGAAAAUUCGAACUGCAGUGGGCAGUGCCCAGCUUCUCAUGGCUCAGAAAUUUUACCAGUUCAGAGAACUUUGUGAAGAAAACCUGAAUCCUAAUGCACAUCCACGGCCGACCUCCCAGGAUUUAGCAGGGUUUUGGGAUAUGCUGCAGUUGUCCAUAGAAAAUAUUAGUAUGAAAUUUGAUGAACUUCAUCAGUUAAAGGCCAAUAAUUGGAAACAGAUGGAUCCUCAUGACAAGAAGGAGAGAAGGGUCCCUCCUCCAGUGCCAAAGAAGCCAUCGAAAGGUCAGGUGCCACUCAUACGAGAACGCUCUCUGGAAAGCUCGCAGCGUCAGGAGGCCCGGAAACGGCUGAUGGCUGCCAAGCGCGCUGCAUCGGUCCGCCAGAACUCAGCUACCGAGAGCGCCGAAAGCAUUGAGAUAUACAUCCCCGAAGCCCAGACCAGGCUAUGA